CACCAAUCCAUAGAGAACUAAGCUCAUAAAAGCCUCUAAGCCUUUAAAUCAAAACAAUUUUUUAUUUGUUUUAUUAAAUAAUUCAACUGUUAAUAAUUUACGUAAAACAACAACAUAACUACAAAGAGAAAAUAUGUCUUAUCAAUUAAAAUCAACAGAUUUUUUAAAUAAUUUAACACUAGAAGAAAAACAAAAUUUUCUUGAUUCAUUUGAUUUGGUAUUUUGUGAUUGUGAUGGUGCGAGUGUUAUUUGGCAAAAUUUUUAUGAUGAAAUACCUGGUUCAUCGGAUGCUGUUAAAUAUUUACGUAAUAUUGGCAAACAUGUAGCUUUUGUUACAAAUAAUAGUAUUAUUUCAACCAAAGAUCAAUUGAGUAAAUUUGCCAGCUGCGGUUUGGAAAUCGAAGAGAAUGACUUAAUACAUCCCGCCAAAACUAUUUGUGAUUAUUUGAAAAUGGAAAAUUUUGAAGGCUUAAUAUUGUGUUUUGCCUCUAGAGUAUUCAAAGAACACUUGCAUGAAAAUGGAUUUCAGAUUGUGGAAGAGGAUGAACGUUUUAUUAAAAAUGGCUCACUUUCUGAUUUGUAUCAUGCUAUCUAUACUCAAGAAGAAGUAAAUGCUGUUAUUAUCGAUGUUGAUUUUAAUUUAACAGCCUGGAAGCUAAUGAGAGCUCAAGUUCAUUUAAAAAAUCCACAAUGUUUAUUUAUAGCCGGUGCUGCCGAUCCGCAAAUACCAUUUGGAGGCAAUGAACUAAUAGGACCAGGUGCUUAUAUAAAAAUCGUCGAAGAAGCUAAUCAAUGUAAAGCAAAAAUAUUUGGCAAACCUGGAGUAGAACUGGGAGAACUAUUGUUUAAAAUAUUCAAUAUUGAAAAUCCCGAAAGAGUGCUAAUGUUGGGCGAUAGUUUGAAGAGUGAUAUACAAUUUGGUAAAAUGUGUGGUUUUCAAACUUUAUUAGUGCUAACGGGGGGAACAAAACCAGACGAUUUGGAUAGUUUACUAACUGAAGAAAAUAAACCCGAUUAUAUAGUAGAAAAGCUAGCCGAUUUAAAUGAUUUUAUUUAGUUUUAUGUUUAAUUGUAGAAAAAAACAAUUAUUAUAUAUUAUUAUUAAAAAUUAUUAAAUAUUAAAGAUAAAUAAAUAUGUAUAAAUAAACUUAAA